AUGGACAAAUUUGAGCCGCCAUCUUGUUUAAGGUUCGAAGGCAAUCUUAGUGAAAAUUGGCAGAAGUGGCGCCAAGAACUAGAACUCUAUCUUACUGCUACUGAGAACGAUGGAAAAUCUGACAAAAUAAAGACAUCAAUACUUCUCACAUGCGUCGGAAAUCAAGGCAGAGAAAUUUAUAAUACAUGUACGUUUCAGUUCGUCGAAGGAGAGGAAAUGAAAUUCAAAGUCGUUGUACAAGUGUUUCAAGAUUACUGUAGCCCAAGAAAGAAUAUUACUUUUAUGUGCCACAAAUUCUUUACAUGUAAGCAGAGAAAUGGUCAAUCUCUUGAUGAGUUCGUUACUGAGCUAAAAAAAAGCGUAGUGCUGAGUGUGAGUUUGAAGCAAUUUGUGAAAGCCCCAUCCGUGACAUUAUAAUAUGUGGAAUUAAUGACAACCGUCUUCGUGAACGCCUUCUUAGGGAGCCAGAAUUAACACUGCUGAAAACUAUACAAAUUGGACAUGCUGCUGAGGAGACGAAGAGACAUGUAAAAGAGCUCCAGAAAGAAGUUGAUGGCAAAAAUUCAGUUGACGCUGUUCGUAGAAAGAAGUUAGCAAGAGAUGGAAAGAAAAACUCUGGCAAACAAUCAGUUGGUUACGAUAAGUCCCUAUUAAAAAUUGUAAGUUUUGCUCAUAUUCUCGGCAUAAACGGGGAAACUGUAUUGCCUAUGGAAAAAAAUGCAUGAAAUGCUCUAAGUUUAAUCAUUUUGCAAGGUACUGUCCAGUAAAAAACAAGUCUGUCAAAAACGUUAAUUGUGACUCCAGUGACUCUGAUGAUGCACCCGAUGACACAUUUUGUGUAGGAAGUGUUAAUGUGGGCACUACUGAGAGACAGACUAACCCUGUUAUAAGUGCAGAAGAAAGGAACUCAACAACUAAGACAAAUGAGUCAAAUGAAUUUACAAUUUUUACUGAUGGUUCCGAGUCUGAGUCUGAGUGGACAGUUGACAUGCACACUAAUGGUAGUAAUGUCAGAUACAAGUUAGAUACUGGUGCCCAAGUUAAUGUCUUACCAAAAUCUCAGUAUAAUAGGUUGAUACGAAAGCCAAAGUGA